ACUCCAUCUACAGAAUCAAUCUCCACUUCAUCUGCAAAAUCAAUCUUAACCCAUUUCUUCUUCUUUUCUUAAUGCUCUCUCAUCUCCACUCCUCUACAAAAUCGAUCUUAACCCAUUUCUUCUUCUUCUCUUUUCUCAAGAGAACUUGAGAAAUUGAACCCAGCUACUGGGUUUCAUUGAAGCCUCAAACUUAGUAAAUCUUAUCAAAUCAAAUUAACCCUUCAAUAAACAAUAUUAAUGAAACUCUAAUCAAAUUCCAACAAAAAUACAAUCAAAUUGUAAAUCAACUCUCAAAUUUAUUAACAACUAGAAAUGAAAAUUGAAAGAAGAAUGAAAAAACAUGAAUCUAGCAUCGAAACAGCAAAGCUGGGUUCAUCGGAACCCAACUGGGUCUCGUCGAACCCAGCAAGGUUGUGUUCGACGAGACCCAGCAGGGUUCUAACGAACCCAGCCUUGCUGGGUUCGGGGAAAUCCAGCCUGUUGGGUCUCGUCGAAACCCAGCAAGGGAGUUGUCGAAACCCAAAAAGGGAGCCAAGUUGGAUUCGACGAGACCCAGCCUUGUUGGGUUCAACGGAACCCAACAGAUCUAGGUUUCGUCAAACCCAGCCUGGCUGGGUCUCCCCGAACCCAGCAAGGCUGGGUUCCGACGAGAUCCAGCAGGCUGGGUUCGUUGCAGCCAUUGGAAUCCAGCCUAGUGGAGACCCAGGGCAGGAAAGAAAGAAAGAGAAAGAAAGAAGGGGAAGAAGAGGGAUUGGGUGGGUGAGGGUAGUUAGGUAAUUUUAUUUGUUUUUAUUUAAACUAUAAAUAUUAAUCUACGUG